AAGAAUGUCGACUUUAGCAAUAAUAAAAAGUCGCCGAUAUCGGCGAGGUAUCGUCCUGUUCUGCAUAGUUAUCGGAAAUUGUGCAAACUAUGAAACGAUGACUUGAUACAACCUGUGUACCCAUGGAAGCAAUUCGUUAUCUAACCUGUCAAAAUUUAAUUUUAUAGUCGGCACGAUUGUCUUCGAAAAAAUUAUCGUGCAGGCCAGCGUGAAAUCGCGCAUAAGAUAAAUCCUCGCGAUGUUAAAGGUCCCGCUGAUUCAUCAACUCCUUGACUUCCGAUGAAAAUCGAUCUCCAUUUGCCUACACUCGAAGAUCUCGCAAAAAAUUCUUCAUUAACUUCUCAUUGUACCACUCUUUAUGCCUGAAUUCUAUCGCUUUCAAGGGCAAACUGUAUUCCAGAUUUCGAGAAAAUUAUUCCAUUGAUUCCGCGGAUCACAGAGACCAACCAUACUGGUUUCCUCCCCUAUAGACACUUAGACUGUUACUGUAGGUCCCUGUACAAUCCAUAAUUCCACAAACUUGGAAAUAAAUAUACCCAACUUGAAACAAUGAUAAAUUAAACAGAGUAACACGCUAGUACGAUCGUCAUCAAACUUACAGAAAAAAUAUCUCGCCUGUGGAAAUUCACAGUUUCGAUCGCCUAUGAACAUACUAAUAUCCGCAGUGUAGUAACGUGCCAGCGUUGCAAAAAAAUCCAUGCAAAGAUGCAUUACAUAAAAAUCGCGAGAAUCCGUGGAAUCUCAUUUCUUAUGGUCAGAAUGAUUUAAAUAGGAACACUACACCCAGAUAUCUGCGCAUACCGGGGAUCGUGAUAAUGGACGUCGCUGAUAUCAACAUGCCGGUCUCGCACAUUUUCUCGUGACCAAUGUUAUCGGUUUUCGUUGAAAGUCGCCGUGAUCGACACAUUCCAACGAUAGCGCGUUGAACAACAAGCGAUUGAAACCGAGUCGAAGAACCGUCGUGAUCCUAACCUCAAUGGGUAAACGCUUCCCGUCGCGGAGUUGAGGUUAUGUCCAGUCAGGACUAACUUCGCGGAUCGUAUGUCGUAUGCACCACGUGGCCAUGGCCAGUGGCCUUCGACCUGCGGCAGAGUGACGGGGACGGUAACUCACCUUCGUCUCGUCUUCACGACCGACGGAGACCUUCAAAAUUUCGACGAGUCGCUCCCGAGCUGGCAUUUUCUUGGACGCACGUCCGCUGAUGGUUUACGCACCCGAGCUCAUCGUUUCACGACAGUACGGACCGCUCGCAAGAACAGAUUCAAUUGACACUCGGGGAUACGGACACAGGAAACGCAGAAACGCACCACGCACAGGGUCACUUUCGUUACAUACGAGCGCGCUCUGCUCCAGCGUUUCGUCACAGUGCCCUUGUAUUCGCUGUGUUCCGAGCGUUUCGAGAUACGGGUCACGUGAUGCUGCCCGAGCGCCGCGACGCGACGGGAAACGACGCGCCACCGGUCGAUCGAUCACACCGCUGGUUGCGUCGCAUGCGUGCAUCCUUUACAUUUAAUCUCUACGCCCACGUGUCACUCCCUGGUUCUAGGAAAGGUUGAAUUUCUUGGUAGUUUCCUUUUUUCCUUUCGCGUUAACCGAUAUUUCCAAUUGUCACGUUAUUCCCGGAGCUGCGAAGAACAUCAAACACGAUAUUUGUACAAUAAGUUGAAAUCCGAAAUUGAAAUCGUUUAAUUCGAAAAACGAGACGAAUACGAUAACAUGUGUCCAUUCUAGAGUAACACUUUCGGCAAUUAAGGCUCGAAUCCAUCUCAGAAAAAAACUCUCGCGAAUUAUUUUCACUUGAGAAUAACAGAGCAAAUAAAAGUUAAUAUCAAGACUGUGUCCAUAGUCCAUUUGCGAGAAAUACUCUCGAAAGCAACUUGCGACAGUUUUACUCUCAGUUGGAUUCAGGCCUUAAGGUUCAUUAUAGGGACAAUGAAAGAGUAAUUCAAAACAUUUUAUGUAAUUUUAUUCAAAAUUUCUUAUUCGAGCCAUUCCGAAAUUUCAGUGGAAGCGAUUAAUUUCGUGGAUCUCUUAAAAACUGUUCAUCUAAACAUUCUUCGUAUUUGUUUGGUUACGCAAAACAUCUCUUUCUACUCUAGUUUGCGCAACAAAUUUGAAUAAUACAUGCAUGAUGGACGUGCUAACAAAAACUCUUUUGACAUGUGCAUUAUUUAUUCGUGCAUACGUUCUAAUUGUCGGAUUACCAAGAAUGAUCAAUUUAACAGAUACGUCGACAAAUAUCUUCAAAGCACAAUAUUUCUCGAAUCUCGUACUAUGAAGAACAUUGUUUUCUCAGUGAAAUACAAUUUUUUCGCCAAGGUUAUCCAGUACUGUAAAAAUGCUAACAUAGAUAUUCGUUUGGACUUGCGAUACAGACACACCGUAAUCGAAACCAAUUUCACACCGAUUGUUCCUUCGGCUGUGUGUCGCCAUAAAUCGCAGUGUUCAUGCCCGAUCUCGUCCUUACCUAGUGUUUCACAAAUGCGACGUCGGUAGCCGACGUUUAGAAAGUUUCGAAAAAAUUUUCAAUGUAGCUGUCGUGAAAACACGUGUCCAACGACAACGUGCUCACAAUGAAUCAACCGACCAAUUCUGGGCACCCACGAAAGAAACUUGCAAAGUGUCCUUCAGGCGUCCAUCCGAGUCCCAUCAGCAAACACAAAUUAAGGCGAAUUUCUUCGACAUCGACGUAUGUAGUAGACGACGAAGAUGACCUUGAACGAAUAAAAAACGUAACAUUAGAGAGCACGUCGGGCACCGAACUUAGGCAAGACGUCAAUCGCCCUGCCAGGAGGAUUGAUAAGACUACUUCGAGCACGACGUUCUGCAGCGGUAGAAAGGCAUGGAAUCAUUGUAAUGCUAAGCCGUCGACCACCUUCGUUCCAGACAAUUCAGUCAUUGAGGAAGAGAGUGAGCUAAUCGGUGCGUUGACGAAACAACUGUAUCUAGUAGAGUCUCAGAUGCAGAUGGUGCAGAGUGACUUGAAGAAAAAGGAAGUCCUAUUAAAGUCGAAGGAUCAAGAAGUGACCAAGUUGAAACGAAAGAUGAAGGAUUGGGAAACUAAGACCAGGGAGCAGGAGACUCUACGUAAAAGGGAGCAACAGCAACGGCGCAUCCAAAAAGAUAAUUCGGAGAAGCUUUACCGACGAUGUGUGAUGCUCGAGCAGAGAAUUCAUGAGAUGGAGAAGUUCUUGGCCGAUUAUGGUCUGAUCUGGGUCGGCGAUACGAAGAACUCGAAGAACCCUGAAGCGGCCACCAAUAGUUACAUCGAGACUUGUUACGAGCAGAUAAUUGCAAACAUCGAUCAGCUAAACUUAGCCGCAGGGAAGGGCGAAGUUCAUGUACAGCACAACGAGAAAGGGAGAGGCGCCAUGUUCAAAAUGCCUUCUUGCAUGUCCUUGAAAUUCUACAAAAAUGGAAUGGUUGUGCAUGAUGGUUUACUACGGCUUUAUAAUGACCCUACUACGAUGUCCUUCUUGCGGGACAUUUUGGAAGGAUACUUCCCUUCCGAAUUGCAACAGGCUUAUCCAAACGGUGUACCUUUCAAGGUAGAGGAUAGGAGAAAACAAAUGUACCUGAGUGACUCUGUCGAAUUCCCCGGUCAAGGUUAUCGGCUGGGAAAACAACCUCAGGCUGAUAACGUAUCGAUAUCGCCCAGUACAUCUCGGCGACCAGGCACAGCUUCUCUAAAGUCAGGCCGUCGUAAUGCAGCUUCAAAGGACACUGUUUCCGGCACUGACAAUUCCGCGACACCCACAACUGUCAGAUCUGGAAAAUCGAAAAGCCCGACAGUAGAAAGUCCGCCUGCCGAGAUGUACGUCCUCCGUUCUCAAAUAUUGGCGUCGCAUAAUAACGUUUGCUCCGACACUCAUUUACAGUCGCAUAUCAACGCCGAACUCGGUUUGAGCAGUCGGAAAGAGAAGCGAGACGUAGCUACCAAACACAUAGAGUGCGACGCCAGUAUACAUGAGAGGUUCGUGAAGACGAAAGGCGUGUUAAGAUUUCCAAGUUCCGGCCGAUGUUACAAUCCUUCCAGCGACAGAUCCUCGUCCAAAGCAUCGCCUAGUCGAUUGGAGAACAACCAACACACUGGUAGGCAGAGGACGAGAUCAUCCAGCCUGCCAAACUCCCGUAUAUCCAUCAGUUCAAAGCCGAUCACGAAAACUAGAGCGUUCAUUGGGUUCAAUAAUGUUGACGGUCUACAGUCAUCGAUUCCUCACAAAGCACAUAGUGCAAGCAGGCGGAGUCCUCGUACUGCAAAGUCCGCAGAACCAGUUCGAAAGAGUGCACCUCCAAUCUUGUACCAGGUAAACGAACCAUCUGGAAAAUCGGGCGAACUUCGACUAAAGGUCAGAUCAUUGAACGGUGGUACAGUAUAUCUGGUGCACGUUUCUGCCGACGAGCCGAUAGCUCGACUCUACCAAUUACUGGACAGAGCGAUGGCGAGGACAAUUCCUCGAGGAUACAAGAUUGUCCUCAGCGGUUACUCGCCAAGGAGGCUGGAUCAGUUAGGUACGACGUUAAGAGAAAUCGGCAUCACCAGGGAUAGCGUGUUACAUUUAGUGAACGAUUGAUUGCUUCGUGCGAUAUUGUUUCGUCCUCAUAGCAAAAGUUUCUUUCGUGUGUACAUAUUGUUGUACAUGUUUCACAAGUGAUUUUCGGGAAAUAUACUCGUUUUAUAAGUAA